GCUUCCAUUGAAUGCGAAGGUAGGGCCGGCGGCUGCCGCUCCUCACGAUGAACUAAGCGUAGGGGUUCGCGACCCGCCUGUUCGGCAGUGGAGGCCUUUCGAGGGCUGAUCGGGCACCCGUGGGUCCGCGAGCCCCCGUCCCCGCCUCCUCAUGACGGACGGCCGCUGCCUCUGCAAUGGCUCAACAGGCCUCUGAGCCAAGGUUCAACGAGCGACUGCCAGUGCAAACAAUUCGACACCGGCUUCCCCGUCAGGUGUCGGCGGCGUUGCUGCGGAGGAUGGCGUUCAACAUUAUCUCCCAGGUGACCGACUACCUGUACCUGAGCGGCUUCCGUGCCAUCACGCUCAGCGCAGUGCGCACCAUCGGCAUAACGACCAUCAUCAACUGCAGCACCGACCUCCCCGACAUGCCGAUAGGUGCCGACAACAUCGAGUUCCUGCGCGUGCGCGUGGACGAUUCGCCCUACUACGACAUGUCCGUCUACUUCGACCCGAUGUCGGAGCACAUCCACAACGUGCACAUGCGCGGCGGCCGCGUGCUCGUGCACUGCAUGGCCGGUGCCUCGCGCUCGCCCACGCUCUGCCUGGCAUACCUCAUGAAGUACCACCGCAUGCGGCUGCGCGACGCGUUCCGCUACCUCAAGGCACGGCGCCCCGUGGUGCACCCCAACAACGGCUUCUUCCGACAGCUUAUCGACUACGAGAUCCAGCUGUUCGGAACCUCGAGCGUCGAGAUGGUCGAGAUGCCCAACCUGGGCCCCGCGUACGGACUCAUCCCGGACAUCUACCUCGAGGAGUGCAAGGGCCUCAUCUGGCUGCACAGCAUCAAGGGCCUUGGCCAGUAGGGGCCCCUGCAGAAACCGGUGCUCCUGCCUGGAACAACUCACCUUGUGGAACGGACAAGCCUGUUGCAGUGAUCAUGUUGUGGACAGUAAACCGAAGAUGGUCCUCUCCCAUCUGAUGGCACAGUGAGGUGCACAUGUCAUCCAAACAGAGGGCACAGCAGUGACUUGUUUGGACAAAUAUUUGACCCCUUGGUCGGCACAUUCGGCUGUUGCCGGACUGCAGCAGCUAAGCCGCAGUAGGCAUUAAUGUAAAAACAAGAUUCCUGGCACCAGCCUUGGCAGCCAUGGUGUUAUUUUGUUUGUCUCAACGGCUCUUCAAAUACCGUCACAAGCACAAUAGCCUUCUCAGUGCAUAACAUUGCAGUAUCCUAGCUGUAAUGUACAAAAUGCUAUUCUUAGGGCAACAAGUCAAUUCUUCCAUAGUUCUCUAACCAUUGACUAAGAAAUUGGUAGAUCAGACAUGCAGCAUAUGUAAAAUAUGCAGUUCCACAAACUGAUUGGGCCUGUCAAAAUUUUCACUUAAGCGCUGCCAAUUUUUAUUCAGUUCCGAAGUCCAAUUGCACUAUGCUAAACUAUGUGACCCUUAAAAGGACUGUUUUCUCAAGCCGAUGACCAUUACUUCCGACAUAUGUUCUUGCACACGCUGUGCAGCAGUUGCAUUAAUCACUAAAUUGUGUGUGACCAAAAAGGCUUGUCUAUGCCACUAGUACAGGCAUAGCAACAACACGGCUACAACAAUUCAAGGAGAAAAACUGAGGUCUGUUGGCCAGCAUUGUGACAGUGCUCUGGCACCCUUGUCACAGCACUGUGGUUAUGCAGAGCCUCAGCACCGAUGUUUACACAGUUGCAGGUUGCACAUAUACACAUAGCGUCUCUCUUCUGUUGGCUCGGCUUGUAGGGAGACCUCUAAGGGGCCAGUCAGGAUAUUUCUUGUGACCUGCAGGUCUUGUGCCUUCUUUUUGUGAGGAGUUUCCUGAGUGGUCACCUGUCAGAGUAGCUAUGCGAGCUCCCAAAGAGAAAUCUCUCCAUCUUGAGAAAUCUGCAUGUUCUGAGAGACAAAACCGUGUUGACAGAACUGCUUCCAGCAGGGGUUUACAAAAUGCUCAAUCGCAUCCUGGCAGCACUGGUGAAUGGUCGAUUUAGCCAAAGAUGCCAAUGUGCUGCUUGGAAUACAUUGAACCUUGCUGUGAUUGUGGGAACUAUGCAAUACCUGUUGCACACAACAACAUGCAUACUCUUCCUUUUAUUCUAGUCAUCUUCCUAUUCUUUCAAAGGAAAAUCCUGUGAUACAAAAAUCAUUCCCACUAAAAUUUUGUCUUGUACAGUUGCACUGAAGUCAGUUAUGUACUCAACUUUCAGCAUCUCUCUGCUCUUGAGCAUUUCAGUGCGCUGCCAAUGGAGCGGAAUCUCUCUCGGAACGUACUCGACAAAUACGAUGGCAUUUCCUUGAAGGAUUGACAAGCCAGAGCACAUGUUGAGAGCAUCUGUUCCUUCAUCUCGGACAUUAAAAUUUUUGUUGUUGAAUGAUGAGUGGUUACUUGUGUCCAGCAGCAGUGUGCUGCAGAAGGAAAUGGCAUCACACUAAGCUCAACAUUGUGGCACUAUGUUCAAUAUAGAUGUUCUGUUCGAAAAAA